AUGAAACUUAUCAAAUUAGAAAUACUCAUCAUCAUUUUAGUGCAUGUCGCUUGCUGUAAUUUUUUAAAAAUCGGACUUGUAAAUGAAUAAAGAGGAUUAGCCAGCUGGAUUAUAAAAAAUGGAUUCAAAGCAAAUUCUAUGUGGGAACUUUACUUUAUAUCACUUUAUUUCAUUAUUAUAACUAUUUGCACUAUCGGUUAUGGUGAUAUAUAUCCAUAUCAAUUAAAUGAAAAGUUGUUUAUUGCUUUUCUUUCAAUUUUAGCUACAAAUAUUACUGCUUAUACAUUUUCUCAAAUUAGUGAGAUCGUUAAAUUUGAGUCAACUAAAAAUUAGAAGUUUAAUGAUUUCAUGACAAACAUAAACCAUCAAAUGAAAACACUAGGUUUGGGGAUGAGUUUAUCAGUAAAAGUGAGGAAGCAUUUUGAGUUUGCAUAUUACUAAGAUGAAUAAAAAAAAUAAAUAUCAGAUUCUAUUGUAGAUAAAUUACCUAACAAUCUUAAGAACGAAGUCUUACUUGAUGUUUAUCAAGAAUAAAUCAACUCUAUUAAAAUGUUUAAAGAGUUUUCAUCUGAUUGCUUGAAAAAUAUACUUCUUUCAUUCAAAUAAAAGUAACUAUUUCCAGAUGAAAUACUUGUUAAUUAAAAUGAAAAUAGUGAAAACCUUUAUUUUUUAAUUUCUGGAAGUUUAGAAAUUAAUUUCUUAAUCAGAGAAACCAAAUAUGGUAAAGUUUAUGAGAAAAGUAACUAAAAAAUUUAGAAAUCAGAUGUUUUUGGCUAUGAAGGAUUUUUGAUAAGUAAAUGUAGUCCAUAUCAACUAAAAUCAAUAGGUCUUUCACUAGUUUCUUACAUUGAUAAAAACUCAUUUUUGUAAAUAUUAAAACAAUAUCCUGAAGAUUAAGAAAAAUUUUUUUGUUUAAGAGACUCAGCUAUUUUUGGACAGAAAAGUUUGUCAUUAAAAUUUUCAGAAUGUAUUUCAUGUGGAAAAUUCUCACACUUAAUUUAAAAUUGCCCAUAUUUAAGUCUUAGUCUAGCAUACAAGCCUUGUAAAUAAAAUAAUACAAGAAAUCAGCAAUUUUUAAGGAAAAGAGAAAGGUAUAGAAAUACUUUGAAAAAUAUGGUUUAACUUUAAGAAUAGGCAAUAGCAGUGCAAGUUAAUAAUGAUGAAUCUCUUAUUGUUGAUGCUUACAAUAUUUUUUUAGACAUGCUCAAGAUAUCAGAAGAAAAACAAACAGAUGACACCUAAUCUGAUUAUUCUUAGUCAUUUGUUAACAACUCAAAAACGAAUUAUAAAGUUUAAAGUUUUAUAUUUUAAAGCAAUCAAGCAAUACCAUAACAAACAACUGAAUAAUAAGAAAAUUAGAAUGUUUCACUUCAAUCUUUAAAUUAAACAAAACCCAUUUCAUUUAAUUCACAAAGCUUAGAAUAAAGUUAGAUUGCUAAGACUAAAUCUUAAAAAUUAGGUAAAAACAAUAAAUUAGAUAAUUCGGAAUUUGAAUUAAACUAAAAUAGAUUAGAACAUAAAUAAGUGAAUGAAAGUAACUCUGAUUAUUAUUAAAAAUCAAAAGAAACAGAUCAAUAAAAUGAAGAUAGUGAAAAUAAAAAUACAAAUAAAAGUAUUAUGAUAACAUAAGACGUAUUAAAAGAUUUUAAUGAUUUGAAUUAGAAUAGUGAAAAAAGUAAGAACUUUCAUAAAUUAGUAAGUAUUGAUGAAAAUUUUUCUCCUCGCCAUUCAAGCAACUUAUCAAAAGUAUUAAAUAUAAAUACAUUUGAAAUAUAAUAAUAUCAAAAUCAUUUCUCGGAAGCAGAUAUUAAUUUUAUAAAUGAAGCAUUCUAAAGAAGAAAGUUGAAAAUUCAUUAACAUACGAAUGCAUUUUAAAAACCUUUAACAGAAGAAGCUACACGAAAGAAAAGUAGUAAUUUUGGUAAAAAAAAGUAAAGUGUAAUCUUGUUAGAUAUUUUAAUGAAUUUGGGAGAUAAAAAGUUAAAAUUGAUACAAGAUAAAAUAAAUAAUACUUAAAAUAAAGAAUAUUUAAAUAACCUAAUAUAAUUGGUAUUAAACAUAUCUAAAAGUCGCUCUGAUAAUCAAUUAUUAAGUACAUAUUUUCAUGAAGGUUAACAUAUUAUUUAUGAGAAUUCUAAGCAAGCAGAUGGAUAAAAUUAAUAAAUUGAAAACUGUACUGAAUUUUAAAUUAGAUAAAAAAUAGGAUUGUAAGAUCUCGAUAUGCUAGUUGUUAGAAAAUAAUUUAUGCUUCAGUAAUAAUAAAAUAAAAUAUAAAACUUUAUACAAGUACCAGAUAAUGAAAUGGAUAUAGAUAUGCUUUAGAACUUUAAAUAUUAUAAUGUAAACUAUAAUUAUAAAUUUGUUUUAAAUAGAUAUAACAAUUAUUAAGAUAAAAAGAUGGUUCUAUAAUUAAAUAAGCUCAAAUAGCUAAUAAGUCCAAAAAAAUUUAAAAAAUAAAAAAUUAAAGAAUCAAAUAUAAAUAACGAAAAAAAUAAUAGUUGA